AUGGAGAUUAGGUUUAAGUGUGUUGUUCAUCAUUCUGGUGAGUUUUCUAGAGAGUUUGUAAAUUUUACAAAGUCAGGUUUUGUAGGGUUAGAGGAGAUAUGGAAUGUUGAUCCUGAUUAUUGGAGUUGCUUUGAAAUAUUGGACAAGUUAAGAGAGUUAGGUUACCCUACUAUAGAUAGGUUGUGGUAUUAUGAUGAUAUGAUUGAUAAUGAUAUAGUUCAGUUAGAAAAUGAUAAGGGGACUGAUAGGAUGAGAACCAUUGUAGUGUUAACUGGGGAAUGCCACUUGUAUGUUACACAUCAUGUAUCUGAACCUGAUGUUAUUGAGAAGCCCAUACUCUCACUAUCACAUGUGAGCAUAUUGGGUGAAUAUAUGUGUGGUGAAGGGCCUGCUAUGGUUAAUAAUCAGGAUGAGACCACAGUAGCUAAGGAUGUGGUUGGUGAAGUAUAUGAAGGGGGAAGUAAUGAAUGUGGGACCACACUGGGAGAAGAUGUGGUGGAAGAGGGGACAAGAGUUGAUGAAGUUAAGGAGAAUUUUGGGAUUGAAGAUAAUGUUGGAAUUGAGGAAAAUGUGGGUGAUGUGGGGACCAACUUUGAAACUGAGAUGAAGGUUGGUCAAGAGGAGACAAACUGUAACAAUAUGGAUGAUGUGGGGACCACCUGUGAAAUGGAGGAGAAUGUGGAUGUAGGGAUGAAUGUUGGAGGGGAUGAAAUCAAUGAAGGACUGAACUGUAACCAAGAACAAGAUGAGGUAGUUAACUGUAACCAAGAAGAUGGAAGUGAUGACAGUGCUUUGAAUGUUAAUUUUGAAGACUCAGACAAUGACAUAGGUAUUGAUGGAGAGAUAUCAAUUGAUGAGGAUGAAGUGAAGGGGAAAGGUAAGGGGGAAUGUAAGGGGAAAGGGAAAGGGAAUGGUAAAAGGAAGGGGAAAGGAAAGGAAAAGGUCAUUAUUAGGGAUGUAGGUGAAGAUAAUGAUGGUGAGGUAAAUCUGGACAAUUUGAGAGGUUUAUGUGACAUAGAGGAAUAUGAUAGUGAUAAAAUGCCUACUGAGUAUGACAGUGAGAAUUGUAACACCCUUCUAAACCCCACGGAAUAUAUAUAA